UUAUAUGACCUAGUAUAUAUCUGCAAUGACCUUGACCUGAAUAGUAAUGUUUGUAAACAAACCAGUACAGGCAAAUGACAGGUUACAUUUCAAACUGACGAUCGUCUCAUAUUGUAUGGAAAUUGGUAUUUCUUAAUCAUGUGCCAUCACUUGCAAGAGAGUCGUACUCAAAUGAAUCUGAUAUUGAUAUUCCUGCAUUGUGUAUUUACUGUGGCGUCUGCAGAUCCAACCAAUAAAGUAUUAUACUGGACGAUAGAAGACCUUCCUACGACAUGUAUUUUUGGAAGUAAUGUGACAUUGUUCUGCAAUACAUCAGCAGUAGGUUUAAGAAAAACUACAUGGAUGAAGCAAUCUGAUGUUAUUCUUCAUCAAGGCCUCUCAUUUUAUCCAGACAAAUAUACAGGAAAUGAAGUGACUGAUGGUUUCUCUCUCAUAAUAAAAAAUGCCACUGAAUCUGAUUUCAAUACGUCAUACACGUGUUUGUCAGAUGUUUAUUCGUACGAAGCAGUUUUGAAGAUAAACAGUUCAAAUUUCAUGUGUUUGCCACAAAACAAGAACUCGUCAUGGAUAAUAACUGGUAGAAAUAUUUCUGUACAUUUGAAUCUCGAUAGGUUUUUCCCAGUACCAAACUGCACAACCAAGUUUAAUAACGGUGUGCUGACAACAAACCAACAAGAAUCACUUUACCAGGAAAACCGGUUCUAUCAUGGAAUAAUAAACAUCACAUCGCAUUCCUCUGUUGACAUCUGUGGUGGUAACCUGACAGUUGUGUGCAUGUUCGGAGAUUUAUAUUCUAUAGAUAUUGCAACCAAAUUCCUUCAAGAUUGCAGUGUGAAAGGAAAUUCUGAAUAUAGUUUGGAAUUCUUGGGUACCGUCAUUGGUGUAUUUAUAUCAUUGGUAAUACUGUGUAUAGUCUGCUUGCUCUUCUUUUAUGUGUAUGUAUCAGAGCGCAAAACGAUAAAGGGAGAAAUGCAACCUGGAGUUAACUCUGAAGAAAUCACCCCAUUUACAGAAGUGGUGAAAAGUAAAAAGAGUGAUAAAAAAGAAACAGAGGUACUACAUAAUGAAGAGCACAGAUUUAUAAGGCACAAGAAGAAACAAAGAACACAAACUUUUGCACAAUAUUUACUGACCGAUUGUUUCAACUUAAAUAGAAAAAACAAGGAUAAAGGCAGAUGAGAUAAUGGAUUCGUCAAUCUGUAAAUACGAAUCAAGUAUUAGAAUUUCAUGUCGCUAAAAUACACGAGGAGGCAUUUAUAUAGUUGGAAACAUCAAUUCGCGUGUCUGGUUCACCUUACUAUACAGUUGUAGUAAUUGACAGAAGACAUAUACAGAUCAUAUACUAGUACCAUAGUCUAAAUAAACACUAUCAUAACCUAAUGGGAAAACAACAACAAAUUUGAAAAUAACUAUUAUACUCAAGUCGUAAAGAUAUAUUUGACUAAAUCACGAUGUAGAUAAUAUUUCUAAAAUUGAAAUUGAAAGUCGAAAAGAUUAAUUAGAAUCUAAUAUGGAAAACAACUAUUUCUACCCGAGGUGCAUUUAUAAUACACCAAUAAGUAAAACCGUAGUCAAUUUUCAGACUGUAUACAGUAUUUGGCCUUUAACUGGUACUAGGUUAUAUCUUGAAAUACUUAGUUAACGUUACAAAAAUGGUUAAAUGUUA